GCCGCCAUAUUGGACCCACAAAUAAUAAAAACAAAUGCAUUUUCUGCUUAGCAAGGAGAGUUGCUAAAGUAUACAUAUCAAACACCAAAUUAAUAUCACCAGAUCCCGAAAAGCACCCUUCGACUGCACGUAUCCUGAGCAGCAGAUGUCGCUGGUAUACCUUGGCAAGCGGUUGCUGGAGGCUGCGAGGGUCGGUCAGGACGAUGACGUUCGAAUAUUGAUGGCCAACGGGGCUCCAUUCACAACCGAUUGGCUGGGAACGUCACCGCUGCACCUGGCAGCUCAGUACGGCCACCACUCCACCGCUGAGGUGCUGCUCCGUGCGGGCGUCAGCAGGGACGCGCGCACCAAGGUGGACAGGACCCCUCUCCAUAUGGCAGCAACCGAGGGACACUCCAGUAUAGUGGAGCUGCUGGUCAGGAGCGGUGCGGACAUCAACGCCAAAGACAUGCUGAAGAUGACGGCGCUGCACUGGGCGGCGCAGAACGGGCACCGCCGCGCGGCCGAGCUGCUCCUGCAGCACGGCGCCGACGUCCACUCGCUCAGCAAGUUUGACAAGACGCCGUUUGACAUCGCCAUGGACACCAGCAACACAGAGCUGAUGAUCCUGCUACAGGACGGCAUGCAGAACCAAGUCAAUAUGAACUCGGAGUCUCAGAUCAUCAUCCCUGCUGGUGGGAUGGUCAACCUGUCAGACCUGGUGCACAAUGCCUCCACAGUCAAGUCCGAGGAUACCCUAGCCGCGGAGGUGGUGGACUCAGCCAUCCAGCAUGUGGUUGGAGAUGGGGGUCAGAGAGUCAUCACCAUAGUAACGGACCAGCACGGAAACCUGCAGCCAGCAGGCCUCGGCCAGCAGUUCUUUGUCACCAUGCAGGGGCAACAGAUGGUGGCUGUGCCGGCCAGUGCCAUCACAGAGGAGGUGGUUGAGGAGGAGUUUCAACAGGCCCCGCCCCCACGCAAAAGAAAAGCAGAUCAUUCCAACAAUCAAAGCAGCCUUAAAGAAAAAAAGAGCGUGGACGGCUGCCGGGAGCAGCUCCAGCGCCAGCUCCACGAGGCCAACAGGAAGGCCCAGGAGUACCGCGAGCAGCUCCAACAGAAGGAGAGGGAAGCGGAGCAGUACCGCCUCCGUCUGGAGCAGGCCAUAGCCAGCAGCUCCGCCAAUAUCGCCAACCAGGCGCACGAAAGCACCAACCACCACGAUGAUGGUGCUGGCGAAUUCGUUACCGUGGAAACGGUCGCCGUGGUCACCGGUGGCGAAGAGGAGAUAGAGGAGGAGGAGGAGGAGAGGGAGGAGGUGGUGGUGCAGCUGGAGGUGUCCGAGGGAGCCAUGGGGAAGGAGGAGGACACGGUGGUGGAGGAGGUGAUGGUGAAAGAAGAAGAAGAGGAUGACGGGGUGACGGUUGAAGGAGGAGGGGAGGAGGAGGCGACGGUGAUGGUGGAGGAGGAGGUGGAAGAGGAAGAGGCGGUGGAAGAGGUGGAGAGUGUCGGCCAUGUUGGAGAGGACAGUAUCCAGGAGGGAGGUCAGCAGGAGGUGGAGGUGGAGGUGGAGGAGUCCUCAGCCACGCCCCCCAAGCGAGGCCGAGGGCGGGGCAGAGGGAGUGGGAGUGGCAGAGGGAGUGGGAGUGGCAGUGGGAGAGGGAGUGGAAGGGGGAGAGGGAGGGGGAGUCCAAGAGGGAGGGGGAGGGCGAGAGGCAGAGGUAGAGGUAAAGGCAGGCGAUAGGCACGAGUCCCAUUUUUUUAAAAACCGUGAUUGAUCCCUCCAUUUUACAAGUUGUACAUUCUUUUAUAUUAUGAAAUGUGAACGUAUUUUCAGGGUAUGUUGAUGAAGAAGGUUGGUGUUUUUGUGAGAACAGUUGGCAGCACCGACAUCCCCAGGUUCUGCGCCACAGAUGUCCUCUCCUCAAGAAGAGUGGAACAGAGUAUGGGCUCAAUGUAUUAGCUGGGUACCUACCUGUCGAGCAGGCUGGUGUCUGAGUCGGGAUGCGUGGUAAAUCCCCGUUGUGGUCCACAGUCAGAAACUCCCCAAAUUUUCAGCAUUUAUGGAGAGAAUCAGCUUUACCUAAAAGCUGAUGAAACAUGCACAUCUUGAGUGUUAAGUGCAAGCUAAUAACCAGCUACACGUACAUUAAUUUCCACUGACCUCAGCCACUCUCUUCCUGUCCAAUGCAAUUAACUCAAGCGAUUGGUGUAACCUUUGGGUGACCAGCAGCCAAUCACGUGCGAACAUUGUGUUGUGUUCUGCAUACUGUUGACAUUUCAUUGACUCAAAAUCACUCAAUAAUAUGUGUUGUUCCAGUUGAGAUCACGGCGAAGUGGACGCUCUUUUGCUGUGGAAGUAUAUAAAUGCUUAAUAGCUUUCCUGACCUUUGAGUAAUAACUAGAAAAAAAGUUAGCUUCGGUCAGAAGGAAGAAAUGCUGAGAGUAUAAUACUGCUUUUAUAUCAAACUUCAACCAGCUCCUUUUUGUUUUCCUUACUUUUUUUGUUUUUGUACAAAUUAUGAAGACUAGUGUAUGUUCCAUGUCUAACUUUUAUACUGACUUUAUCCAUGUUAGUUGAGGUGUGUUAGAGGUGUGUGCGUUAAACCCAGUGGCGUCACUAGGCUGUUUCAUUCGGGGCUAAAGCCCCAGAUAUUAUUUAAUUAGCCCCGAAUCUUAUUUAGAAAAAAUAAGAUUUAAAAAAAAUAAGAUUCACUAGAAACAAACCAGGGACAAAAAGUAGCCUAGGCCUUCUAGAUAGUCCUUCUGGCAAGAGAAUAAACGAUUCAAAAACAUAACCAGACUGUUUACCACCUCAAGUGAAUUAACCUAUCCAUAUAACUUGAAUGGAACUUUAGAUGUCUGGGGAUAAGCAGCACAGCAGUCAGGAAGCUAUUUAAAGCUAAAAUAAACUGCGUUGUUUGUAUAUUAAUGUAAAGCAUUAUGAAAAAAUGCGCAAUAGCGGGCUAAGCCCCGGAUAUUUCAAAAACCUAGAAACGCCCCUGGUUAAAGCCUGACAGGCCCCCUAAAACACAAAUGUGAGAGAGUUUAGAGCAGCAUCGAUCCGGUAUUCUUUGAGUGAAAGAGGCAAAAGAAUUCGCUGUGCAGGAUUUUUAUUAAAUGAACAGGCAGGAAGUUGUUUUUCUUUUCAGUUUUUGGGAGCAUAGAUAGGUUUUGCCUUUCUAUUUUGAAAGUCUGGUGCAAGGCAACACUGCCUUUUUUCUAAUGAAUGCCAAUUAUGUUGUUUGUUGUUGUGUCUGUGUAUGUGUGUGCACGUACCAACCAAUUUGUUACAGUUGAACACUACAGUGUAGUCUUAACAGCUCAAGUACUGCUUUUAUACAAGUUUGGCUCUCAAAAAAACGUCCGAAGGUCUUCAGUACGGGCUGUGAAGCUGUUUUAUAUGAAUCUCCGCUGUGAUGAUCUAUCUGGAGUAGGUUUGAUGCCUGGCUCAGAGGGACCUCUGAGGAAUACUUUUUGGUAUGGCUCAAAUAUUUCUUUUCUUGCCCCCUUCUACUCUUUGUGGGGGACAGAUGUACAUAUAUUAUUUUAACUUUUAUUUUAUUAUUGAUAGUAAUAUUUAUUCCCAAGAAAAUGAACAUUUGGGAAUGUGAGCAAAUUAAUAUUGAGAACAUGUUACAUUUGACAGUUUUAUACCUCGGAAAUAGUGUUUGAUAAAAAAUAUUACUGUAAGUAUUCAAUAAAUAUCCACUUCUCUUUGUUUUU